AUGCUUUAUACAUUUCAAUUAAAUGAAGAAAUUUUUCUGAAAAGUACCUUUGGAUUUUUCAGUGGAAAGGGGUGCAUCUUCAAGUUAAGUGCCCUCCUUAGCAGCCUAUUUGCUUUGGUGUUUGAAACAGUCAUUGCAAGCAGCCAAUGCUGGCACCCAUGGAGAAUUGACAACAUUUUGCAACUUGUGUCCUUUGGACUUUGGGAGACUUACACCCCUAAAGAAUUUAAUGCCUCAUGGACUGUAUCCAAGACGCUGGUGCACACUCCUACUGAUUCCACCAGGACCACUUCACCUGAGUUUCAGAUUGCACAGACCCUGAUAGUGUGGGCCAUUUUGAUGAAGCCUGUAGUUCUGAUUUUUGGUAUAGUUGCCAUUACAAUCAGCUGCAUGGAAGACCCAUUUGUGGAGAUGGCAACAUAUUGUUACAAUGUUUCUGCCUCAGUUUUGUGUGUUAGCAGCCUGUUUACAUUGGUUUCAGUGAGCUGGAACCACUUUAUAGAUCAUUAUGGACAAACCAGUCUUGAAUUUCCAUCAUACUUUCCUGUUAGCAAAGAAGCAUUAAUAACCAAAUACUGCACUACUGUUCUCCCAUUAGGGAUUCUGACAGCUGCCAUCUCACUUUUCAGUGCAGUUAUCUUUCUUUCUGAGAUAAGUGUUUUGCAAAUACAGAGUCAGAUGAAGGACCAGUGUGCUUCCAUAGCAGCCAGCCAAGUGGCCUGA